AUGAAAACCAAUAAUGCAAAUUAGAUAAGAUAAACCCUCAAAUAAACCUUAUUUAAAGGUAAAAAACAUUAAUUUCAAUACAAUGAGAACAUUCAAAUUAAUGAAAUACCAUCAAUAACAUUAUACAAAAAUUUUAAUGAAGUUUAUUGCUACAAGAAUAAGAGUCUUGGUAAUGUAAUUAAGUAUAAUAGGCGAGGGAGCACAUGGGAUUGUAAAAAUAUGUUACAAAAAACUAGAAGGAAAUACAAUUCAGUAUGCAGUAAAAAUAUUUCGUACUGGUGAUCCAGAAAUUAUUAGUACAAUUAAAAAAACCUUUAAGAUUAAUAGAUAACUUAAUGAUUUAUAAUGUGUGAUCAAAGCUAUUGAUCUAUUCAUUAAUGUUACUAAAGAAGAAAUUCAUCUUGUUAUGGAAUUAUGUCCGUAUCCUUCAUUAGACAAACUUAUUUAAUAAAAAAUAUCACUAUCAAUCAAAUAACAAUAAUUACUAAUUUUUGAACUUGCCAAAGCAAUAGAUACUAUUCAUAACAAAUGUGUAUGUCAUAGAGAUCUUAAGCCAGAUAAUAUCUUAGUGUAAAUAACUGAUGAUGAUGCAAAAAUUAAAAUAAUAGAUUUUGGAGUCUCAAAAAAGUUCGUCACCAAAACUAGAAAUUCUACAUUGAAUAUUGAAAUGUGGACAAGAACUGGUUCAUUAUUUUAUUAAGCACCAGAAAUCUUUGCUGGAGGAGGAUACAAUUAAAAAGGUAAUUAUAAAUAAUUAUAUAGUCGAUAUAUGGUCAAUUGGUGUUAUAGUUUAUUAAUUAUUUUGUUAUGAUUUACCAUUUUAAAAUGAUUAAAUUAUAGAUACAAUUGAAAUGAUAUGUGAUCCUAAUUAUAAUGUAGAGAACACUACACAAUUUGAAUCUUUAGACUAAUUACAAUAGGAUUUAUUAAAAAGAUUAUUAAGAAAAGAACCAGAGAAAAGAUUAACAUCCAAAGGUUUGAAAAUAAUAAUUAUUAUUAGAAUUCAUUUUACAUCCUUGGUUAUAUCCUUAUAAUCAAGAGCAUCAUUAAAAUACAAUUUCUUUAUCUUUGAAUUAGGAUAAAUCGAAGAAUUUAUCAAUAUCAGAAGAAUUACUAGGGCUUGAAUAAUUUGAUUAAAAUAUGGUUUUAACAAAAGAGCCAUACUGUUCCAGUACAAUAUUUUUAAGUGUAUAAGAAUAAAGAAAGAAAAUAGAUAAAUUAGAUGAAAUAGGAAAUCAUAUAUAUUUUUAUUCAUCAUCUAAAUAAUUGAAUAGAGAAACAGAUAUGAAAAAUUAUAAUUAUUAAUAGACAAGUGUCAGUUAAAUAGACGAAAUAAAAGACGAAUAUAUUCAAGUGAAUCAUAAAUCUAUAGAUGAUGAUAUUGAAUUAAAUAAUUACAAAACAGUUGGUUCCAUUAUAUUGAAUUGA